AUGCCUUUCCAUGGUCAUUAUACUCUCGAGAAGGUGCAAUAUCCUUCUCGUGGGGAAAUACUCAGUGGGAUCCUGUUUCGUUCGACCAACAUCAAGAACCCACCCGGGAUUGUGAUCCCCGGCCCAUAUUCAUUCGUGAAGGAACAAGCACAACUGCAAUACGCAACUCGUCUAGCAGAUGAAGGCUACGCAGCCUUGAUCUUCGAUCCCCGCACCGUUGGCGAAAGCACCGGCCAACCACGAAGAUUGGAGAACCCCAAAAUGAAAAACGAUGAUCGCAGGACUCGAAUACCUCACGGCACGCGAUGGCAUCGAUGCAUCCCGGCUCUUCCUCGACGGUAUCUGUCAGGAGGGGCCUGA